AUGCUCAGCAGCACUAGGAUACACCAGCACGAGCACAAGGAGCGAACGGCAGCAGUGAGUAUUCGCCUCACCAUCGAGCAGCAAUAUAAAAUGUUCAGCAGCGAUAAGAAGCAACCGGACCAGCACAAGCAGCGAAUGGUAGUAGUGAGCAUCUGCCUCGCCAUCGAGCAGCAACAGAACAGGAGGAGAAGGGAGGGAAGAGGAGGAGGAAGGAGGAGGAGGAGGUGGAGGAGGAGGAGGAGGAGGAGAGGAGGAAGACAAGGAGGAGGAGGAGGAGGAAAAGGAGGAGGAGGAGGAGGAAGAGGAGGAGGAGGAGAGGACGAGGAUGAGGAGGAAGACGAGGAGGAGGAGGAGGAGGAGGAGGAGGAGGAGGAGGAGGAGGAGGAGGAGGAGGAGGAGGAGGAGGAGGAGGAGGAGGAGGAGGAGGAGGAGGACCAUGACGACGACGAGGAGGAGAAAGACGAGGAGGACGAGGAGGAAGAGGAGGAGGAGGAGGAGGAGGAGGAGGAGGAGGAGGAGGAGGAGGAGGAGGAGGAGGAGGAGGAGGAGGAGGAGGAAGAGGAGGAGGAGGAGGAGGAGGAGGAAAAGGAGGAGGAGGAGGAGGAGGAACUGUACUGUAUGGUUUGUCCACUCGCUCAGUUUUUGUUGGCAGAGUGGUUCGGAGCGGCAGUGCGUGGUGCUGGGACGUUGUGUGUGGUCAUUUGUGGUGUUGAGUGCCCAAUGCACGAGAGUGGGGAGUUGAAAGAGGUGUUUGCAGAGAAAGGGGUGCUGGGAGGGGCGGGGAAGGGAGAUGCACCAGGAGCAGUGACGGCAGCAGCAGCAGCGGCGGAUGGGCAGGUUGAUGGGGCGAAGGGGUUGCAAGAGCGGCUGAAGGCACUCCUCUCGUCUUCGCCUACCAUGCUGUUCAUGAAGGCACUCGUCUCGUCUUCGCCUUCCUCUCAUCCCUUCCUCUCAUCCCUUCCUCUCAUCCCUUCCUCUCAUCCCUUCCUCUCAUCCCUUCCUUCAUCCCUUCCUCUCAUCCCGUCCUCUCUGCUGCGUUACCUCUCAGGGAACACCGGAGGAGCCGCGGUGUGGGUUCAGCCGCAAGGUGGUGGAUGCAGUCCAGGCACACCAGAGGAGCCGCGGUGUGGGUUCAGCCGCAAGGUGGUGGAUGCACUCACGUCAGAAGGUAUUUCCUUUGGCAGUUUUGACAUUCUCACGGACGAGGCAGGAACACCGCAGGAGCCCCGGUGUGGGUUCAGCCGCAAGGUGGUGGAUGCAGUCAAGUCAGACAUGGACUCAUCGCAUGGCACACCUGAGGAGCCGCGGUGUGGGUUCAGCCGCAAGGUGGUGGAUGCACUUACGUCAGAAGGCAUUUCCUUUGGCAGUUUUGACAUUCUCACGGAUGAAGCAGUGAGGCAGGGGCUGAAGGAGCUCUCCAAUUGGCCCACGUACCCCCAGGUGUACCACAAGGGCGAGCUGAUUGGUGGAUGCGAUAUUGUGCUUGAAAUGAAGGCUAAUGGGGAGCUUAAAGCCGAGCUUGGAGGGUGA